CGGAGCCAUCCUGGGAGCCGCCAUGGCAGCGAAGCCCAAGCUCCAUUAUCCGAACGGACGAGGCCGCAUGGAGUCGGUGCGCUGGGUGCUGGCCGCCGCGGGGGUGGAGUUUGAUGAAGAAUUUUUGGAAACAAAAGAACAGUUGCAGAAAUUGCAGGAUGGAAACCAUUUGCUGUUCCAACAAGUGCCAAUGGUGGAAAUUGAUGGGAUGAAGUUGGUGCAGACCCGGAGCAUUCUCCACUACAUAGCAGAGAAACACCAUCUCUUUGGCAGAGACCUCAAAGAGAGAACUCUGAUUGACAUGUAUGUGGAGGGUAUACUGGAUCUGCUGGAACUGCUUAUUAUGCAUCCCUUCCUGAAACCUGAUGAUCAACAAAAGGAAGUUGUUAGCAUGGCCCAGAAGGCCAUAAUUCGAUACUUUCCUGUGUUUGAAAAGGUUUUACGAGAGCAUGGACAAAGAUUUCUUGUUGGCAAUCAGCUAAGCCUUGCAGAUGUGAUUCUACUCCAAACCAUUUUGGCUCUAGAAGAGAAAAUUCCUAAUAUUCUGUCUGCAUUUCCUCACCUUCAGGAGUUCUCAGUGAAAAUAAGUAAUGUGCCCACCAUUAAGAAAUUUCUUGAACCUGGCAGCAAGAAGAAGCCACCUCCUGAUGAUAUCUAUGUGAGAACUGUCUACAAUAUCUUUAUGCCAUAAAGAAAAAACAGUGUAUUCAUCUGUGAGUGAAAGCUAGUUCCUGCAGAUCUCUGUAUUCGCCACAAUCUCAGUUGAUGCCAAGUUGCUGUGAUCCAGCUCUGUUAAUGGUGCUAUGUAUUCUUGUCCCUAAGCUGGGUCUUAUAUUUCAAGGAAAUCUUUUAGAAACAUUAACUGUUUGUUUUUGUUAUUUUUUUUGGUCAGGGUAUGAAGGGAUGUCCAGAAAUUAUUAUGGAACUUUUUUCUGAAAACCUUUCUGAAAAGGUUGGCAUUUUGAUGUGAUUACUCAUUCUUGCUAACUAGAAUGGACAGGACCUCAUGUUCUCCUCUAAGAUACUUUAUGCCUCUCCUUAUGAAAACCC